UUUAACGAUAGAAAGACGCAUUACACUCGACGACCCGAUUGACGUGCAAGUGCAUGGUUUUUGCGACGUGAGUCAAUCUGGUUACGGCGGCUGCUUAUAUUUAAGAUCGCGAGAUAAAUUCGGUAACACAUAUGUACGUCUACUUUGCGCGAAAGGUCGUGUGGCUCCCCUUAAGGAUACCACUAUACCACGUUUAGAGUUAUGCGGAGCAUUAACACUCGCGCGAUUAUAUAGAGAAGUCCGAACUGCCGACGGAUUGAAACCCGACAAGAUAACCUUUUGGUCCGAUUCGAUGAUUGUACUAG